CUGGUAUUAUGUUCCUUUUGUUCAUUACGAAUUAUGACAAAUUACGACUGCCAUUACUUAUUAUCGUGAUGUUGAAGGAUACAAAAAAAUGUUUAUCGUUACAGUGAAAGUCAGAAAAUGUAUUUUCACCGACCCAAAACCUACUUCUGUGCUGUAAUGUCAUUAUUUUGUGAUAUGUUUUAACAAUACACUUUCUUAGACAUAUUUAAACAAUUGUAAAUAACCUUAUCUCUAUUAAUUCUUUUUCCAAAUAAAUGGAAUAUGGCUAAGACUAAAACGAUUAGUAAAGUAUGCCCAAAAUGUGAACAGCAGGUACCUGUCGCCUGCAAAGCAUGCCCGUGCGGACAUUCGUUUUUCAAUGCAAGACGUAAUUCGAUUAAAAGUCCUCCUAGUCCUGACAAUGGAGUAAUGAAAACUAGACAAACUAAUCGACCCAAACAGAAACCAAAUUAUUAUGAUUCAUUAGAAUAUGAUAAACAGUCAAAGAAAAGUGCGAAAAUAAGAAAAGCAACAGAUGCUGCUAGUGACAUAGACUGCAGACAAUUAAAUAAGAAGAAGAAAAGAAAAGCAAAGACUAAAGGUAAAAAUGGAUGUAAUAACGGAAUAGCAGAUGAUGACGAUGAAGUGCAAGGUAUCAAUGGUUUAUCACCAGAGAAACAGCUCACAUGCUCCUUAAUACUACAGGAAUUAAAUAACAAAAUGAGAGUUGUUGCCUGGAAACCUACAUAAUUUUUCUACGUAUUCAUAUAUCUUCUAUCAUCUGAAAUACUAGCAUUUAUUACUAAUUCACUCUGAUGUAAUCAUUUUAUAUAGAUAUUAAACAGUUUGUUUAAGAUAUCUAUCAAUAAUUGCAUCGUGAACCAUUGAAAUGGUAUUAAAGAAUUUGAUGCAUAAAUUAAUAAAAACUACAAACUGUUUUGUGAUACAAAAAGAACGUAUACUUCAUUUUAUUAUCUUCUGAUAGAAAAAGUAAGACUAUGUAAGUGAAAAGAAUAUAACUUUUAUUAAAGAUCGCUGUGUUCAGUUACAUUUUAUCUGUAUGAAAAAUAUGUAUUUCCUACUAAGACUGUUUCUUUCGUCGCAGGACCUGCCGCAAUUCUUCGUUUUCUACAAAUAAUCAUAAUGUAACAUGUAAAUACAAUGUACAUAAUGUUAAUGCGGUACAUAAGGCAAAUAACAGCUAUAAAUCAAUCUUUUUUUUUUUUUAGAAGCAACUCUUUACAGGGUGUAUACGUAUAACAAUUUUUGCUCUACAUCGUUUAUUUUUACUUCAUUAUGAAACGGUGUAAAUGAGAAGAAUUCUAUUUACCAAUAAAACGAGAUAGAGAGAGAGA